AUGCGCUCAGGAGCUUAUAGCUCUAUAUCUGGAGCUGAUGACACCUCUUCCUUCCUUCAACAGCCUUCAAAGUCACAGGCUGUACUUCGGCAGCCAGAUUCUCCUGAAAUGUUGGACGAUGAGGAAGAAGGAUUUGCCAUUCUAUCUGAUGAAACUUGGUUUUCAUGGCUUCGAAAUCAAGGAAGAAGGAGAAUAUUGUUUGCUGCAGCUGCUGUAUUCUUCAUAUGUCUUGUUAUCUUCAUUAUGGGCUUAAUUGCUCUGACAACCGGUGAUAAAGGAGUGAUACCAGAUUCUAGACUACCCUACACUGAAGAUACAGAGGGUCUAUUUUACGCAUCAUCACCUACCAUUAGCUGGUUUCAUGGGGGGGAAGAUGGAAAUUAUAUUGAAAAGGAUGAAAAGAACAAUAUAGUGCUGAAACACGUCGAGUUUCCAAACACCACCGUUUUGGCAAGAAAUGCAGAUCUUAUCGAUUCAACUGGAGCCUCCUUAUCAUACUUCACGUAUUCAGUGUCUCCUGAUAUGGCCCUGAUCUUAUUGGGAACUCGUUAUCACAAGGGUUGGAGGCACUCCUUUUUCGCUGAUUACUGGCUAUUCAAUACAAGGUCUCGCAAGACCUUCUUAUUGACAACAUCUAAAACUGGUAAAGAAGGACAAGCUGAUGAGCCUGGAAUGGGUCAAGUUCCAUUAAUCAAAUGGAGCUCUACUGGUCAUAAUCUGGCAUACGUGCGAGAUAAUGAUAUCUACAUGUUGGUAAACGGUACUCAAGAAAUGCGAUUCACUGUUGACGGAUCAGCUAACAUCCUCAAUGGUUUUGCUGAUUGGGUGUAUGAAGAGGAAGUAUAUGGAUCAGCAGAUGCCAUAUGGUUUUCUCCUGAUGGACUCCGUGUAGCUUAUGUCAAGUUUAAUGAUACCCUUGUCCCAGAAUACCCAUUGCUAUACAAUGUCCAAGAUCACAAUGGAGAGCCAGUGGGUGCUUAUCCACAUGAAGUCAGAUUGAAGUAUCCCAAACCUGGAUAUCCAAAUCCAUCAGUUACAAUCCACGUCGCUGACUCAACAUUAAGCAAAUCAAUCCCAGUGACUUUUGAACCAGGCUCAUUACCAUCCGAUGACGAUCUACUAGUUACUGAAAUCGACUGGGCAUGUCCAUCUUCAUGCUUCCUAAUCAGAGUCACGAACCGCGUACAAGAUCGUAUGCAAGUGUAUAACGCUUCAUUCAUCACCAAAUCAAGGUCUUGGCAAGCGACACUUGUACGAGACGAUAAGUCGCCUGAUGGUGCUUGGUUUCCGCAAUUGCAACCUACGACAGUGUUGCCUAUACUCGAAAGUGGAUCCCCCAAAAAUGGAACCCCCUUUGCAUACUAUUCGUGUUAUUUAGAGUUAAGAGAUCAUGCAGGGUGGAUGCAUAUAGGAUUGUACAAUGUUUCCUCAAAGAGUGCAGGAAGGGCUGUUGAGAGUUGGUUGACGUCUGGAUCUUUCGAUGUUGUAUCUAUCUCAGCUGUUGAUUUGAAGCUUGGGAUAGUAUACUUUAUCAGCACAGAGGAAGGCCCAACCCAACGACACCUAUAUAGUGUUUCUAUCGAUGGAAAGACAAAGGUCAAGAUUAAUCCACCAUCCGAUAUGCCUGCUUCUGUCAUGACACAUGUACAUUCGAUAUCUAGCACUGCUGGAUAUUAUGGUACAAGGUUUUCGCCUGGUAGUCGAUACUAUGUGUUGAGCUAUGAAGGUCCUGAUGUGCCUUGGACCAGAGUGAUGCGAAAUGAUGGAGAGGUCAUCAGCGCCUUGACAGACAACCAAAACGUAAGAGAAGCGUACGAAAAAUAUUCAACGCCAUCUCGUGAUUACAUUUCCAUACCGAAUGAAGAUGCUGGCAUCGACAUGAACGCAGUCCUGGUAUACCCUCCAAACUUCAAUCCAAAUCAAGUCUAUCCUCUCCUCGUACGAUGCUAUGGAGGCCCUGCAUCACAGUUAGCCGCUAUGAAAUACACCCUUGACUUUUCAAAUACGAUUGCAUCUCAUGGUUUCAUUGUUGCUUCUGUUGACGGUCGAGGGACUGACUUCAUGGGUCGUGACUAUCGAAAUUCGGUAUCCGGAAAACUUGGAGAGCUGGAAGCUUUUGAUCAAAUUGUUGCUGGCAGGUACUUGAAAGAUCUAUCGUACAUAUCGGACAAUCAAACAGCCAUAUGGGGAUGGUCAUAUGGCGGCUAUUUGACUUCAAAAGUGAUUGAAGCUAAUUCAGGAGUCUUCCAAGUUGGAAUGGCCGUAGCACCUGUUACUGACUGGCUUCUUUAUGAUUCUGUGUAUACUGAACGGUACAUGAAGACCCCGACAAUCAACCCAGAAGGAUACAAAAAGAGUGCCGUGAGGAAUAUGACUGGGUUCAAGAAUGCCAAGUUCUUGUUGGUUCAUGGAAGUGCUGAUGAUAAUGUACACUUCCAAAACAGCCUUAGACUGCUCUGGCUCUUGACUGAAGAACACGUCGUGACGUACACAUCACAAGUGUUUACGGAUUCGGAUCAUAGUGUGUCCACUGGACAAGCCUAUAAUGAAUUGAUGGGAUUACUCAAGAGCUUCUUGUUUCAGAACUUGGGCAUUGCACCAUAG